AAAAUGCACACCCCCUCACGUGCCUUCCGGCCUCGGGGCCGUCGCGGUGUGGUCCCCGCCCCCGGGAUGGGGAGAUGUCCACCUCGCCAGGUCCGUGGCCACCUGCUGCAGACCGGGUCUCCAUCGCAGGCGAUGAGGCUCCCUCCCACACGAGCUGACAGGAAGUUAUUGCUCGGUGUGGAAGCGCACCUGUGCCUGGAUUGAAGCCGCUGCUUGCUGCAGCCACGCGCCAGGCUUAUUUAGGGUUCUGGCUCGUGCUAGGGUCCACCUGAUCCCUAAUGCCUGCGCCUCUUCCUGCUGUAGAGUUGGACUGUAGGAUUGGAAGAAGGAACAAGUGAUGCCAGGCAGUUGGGGGGGGGCGGUGCCAGGCCUGGACCCCCCGGGGUCUCAGGGGACCUGCAGGGAUAUCUUAUACCCCUGCCCCCUACAUCUCCUCCCGCCCCUCAGAAAAAGCACAGGUUGCUGAAAAAACAAACAGAAAAAAGCCAACAGUGCUUGAAGACAUGGGUUACAUUUGAAGGGAUCUGAAUGAGGAGUAGCAGGACAAGUACCUGACUGCACUUUUGUGCAAGGAGGAUAUUGGUAUAAAAUGACUCAGAAUCAGUGUGUAUUCGAGUUGAGAAGACUGGUGUUGAAAGUCCUGCAGUUAGCUCCUGACUGAGGUACUCCGUCGUUUCUGAGUUCCCGCUGUCUGUCACUGUCACCUAAAGAACAGGUUGUGCCAGGACGUUGGAGGAUGGCUCCCUUUUAGAAGCUCCUCUCUUGCUAUAUUUAAUGUCUGUGAGGGUAAACAAACGACACAAUGGAAUAUGAAGGCCAGUUUUUCACUGUUGAAGCCUGCAUAAUAUCAACGUGCAUAUGAGUGUUAAUGGUACAUUAUCUCCAUUGUAGGCAGUUGGAGAAGGUUUGUGUGCCAAGUUUUUUUUUUUUUUUUUGUUUGGCUUGUGGUUUAAUAUCUUCAGCAAUUAUUCAGUGGAAAGUCCAGUCAUUUGAGCAUUCAGGAAUGAAGUUUUGAUUGGAUUUAAUUAUUUAGUGUGGCUUCCUAAAUCAGUCGAUGACUUAAUUGGCUGUGUAGUUAUGAUGGUGGUGUGUGUUACGGUCUUGUAUUGAAAGGGUUGGGGAUGAUGGGGCAUGGCCUUGUGUCUUACGCUGAUUAAAGCACGUUGGAACUGAAGCUGUCCGUUUGGUAGUCCAUGGUUUGGGAAGAGGAAAGGAUUAAGAAUUCUCUGUCAAUAUUUGCACGAGUUCUUUCUUUGAGAGGCGGGCUCCUUGGGGAAGGAAUGGUAGAGUUGUCAUGUGAAAGGAGAAGAAAAUGCCCCUUUUUUUAGUGCUUGGUUCAUCCUGCCUGAUUCUGGUGCCUGAUUCUGUCAUCGUGUGCAUCUUGAGGCAGUUUUGAUGUCUGUGAGUGAUUGUAAGUAGAGGGAGGUGGGUUCUGGAGAGUAAAGCAGAGGGGUGCCAGGCAGAACAUGGGUUAGUAAGCCGCAUGUAGAAUCUUGCAGAAGAACUACUCUAAUCAUAUUGAAGAUCUCUUACACGCUGUUUAUAUCAAGACAUGUGGAGAACAUCUCCUUCAUGUGCUUUAUGGGCAAUGAAACCAGUUUAGAAUACCGUGUGUUACAGUCUGUGAACAAUGAUUGACUUUCUCAUAGCAGCUGUUUGUUUGUGUUUGGAAAGCUGUGGAGCUGGAGUGACAGCCCUGACCCCUGCUGCCCCUGUUGGUAGCACAGGAAGAGAAGCACCACCCCCACCAGACCUUGCUCUCUGGGGAGCCCCUGAAGCUGAGUGCAGACCCUUCUGCCUUACUGCUCUGUCCCCAGGGCCUAGCAUGGAGAUGUUUGUAGGACCCCCCAGACUGGACUUGCAUGCCCUCUUUGGGGUGCUGAAGACCCCACCUCUGUGCAAGGCUGUCCGCUGCCCUGCCUGUUGCCAGUCUAGCCCACCAGGAACUCUUAGAAUAUAAACUGUUUGUAUCACCUUCUUGGGCAUUUGUUUCCUUUUUUUAAAAUUGUAGGUUUUUUUUUUUUUAAUUCCUUCCUAAAAAAUGAUUUAUUUAGAGAGCUUCCAUGUGCUGAUUCACCACCUCAGAGCCCAAGAGAGCUGGGGCUGGGGACUCAUUCCUGGGCUCUGGCAGGGGAGUGGGCAGGAGCCCAGCCUCUGUGACAUCUGCUGCUUGUUGGGGCGCUCAGCAGCAGGAAGGGAGGCUCUGGCCCAGGUGCUCCCACCGUGACGCCCAACAUCUGCUCCCUCUUGGGCACUUAACUAUUGCAGCUCAGAGCCAGGGAGGACAUGGUACUCUUUUUGAGACUGGCCUUGGUAUCCAUUGUGCUAAUACAGGCAAGCUACGUUUGUACCAAUUGAGCAAACAUCCGAUACAACAGGGAGACAUCAGAGCUGUUUAGAGUAGUAGGUAGUCCGUAGGACAGACCUAUGGGGUCCAUGUGAGACAGCGUGAGAAUUUGGAGCUAAAUAAAAUAAGAACUACCAGCCAUACAGUGCUGGAGCUGUGUCAGACAUCACAGCAGGUGCCUUUAUAUGUUAACCUAUUUGAAUCUCAGAACGAUCCUUUGAAGUAGGUAGAGCUAUUCUCCUUUUUCAAGGGAAGUGGAGGCAGCAGAGAUUCAGACUCUGUCCGAGGUUGUGAUGAAAGUAAUGACAGGCAGUGAGGUCCCAGGGUCAGGAAGGUGUCUGUUGGGAUUGUUGCCUGCCCUUGGGAGACCUGAAAGUUGAUCCCUCAGAAGAUGCUCUCUUGAAAAUUUGGAAGGCCUGGGAAAGCCCACAUGGCCUCCGAGCUGCGAGAGAAGGUUGAUACUGACAUGACUAGGAGGAUUCCGACCAUCGAUGUGAUUGAAGGCAAGAGGGCAGAAAGUGGGUGCUCGUUGUUUAUAGUUGUGGAAUUCCAGCACAAUGGACGUUAUGAACUUAGUGUCAGAAAAUCUAAUGACAUAAAGUAAUGCCGAGUGACGCUCUCUAGCUGGCUACUUGUUUUGUGAGUGCCUCCUCAACGUAAGCCCUAGCGGUCAAGCUGAUGUGCUGGGUGCUUCGCCAAAGGGGUCCUGGGGAUCUCUAAUGGGUGCUGGCCUUUUCUGGGGAACCUCUACCCGCUUGUCCAGCUUGUUCCAAGCAAUGGAGACUGCUGCUACAGGCAGGGAUGCUCAUCCAACCAAGUCGUGCUUUUUGGUGGGAGAAAGGAAAACAAGCAAACAAACAAAAAAACCCAACCAGUAAAACUGUGUUGUUGAUUUGAUGACAAACUUUGAAUAAAGUCAGUUUGAAGCCAUGCGGAAUUAGAUGAGGGUCUGCAACCAAAAUCCAUCAAGACGAAGCAGCGUGUUACUCUCUCAGAACCCAAAUGUGUAUCCCUUCUGUCAGAAGCAGACGUUAGUUUUUGGGGGCGUCGGGCACCCGCAGUCACUGAGUCUGAAUGCCGCGGCAGAUAGGGGACUGUACACCUCGCCACUCAGCCGCCGUGUGGGCAGCAGAGGAGGAAGUGCCCUUGAAGCCAGCCGGGGCCGCAGAGCUGGUCGGCAGCCAGGGAGGACACGCGCUCUGCAGGCACCUCACCUUGGAGCAGCAGGACUGGCUUGCAUGUCAUCGUUGGUGACUGUCUCUGCCUACGCUCACGAAAGACCAGUGGCCCAGGCUUGCUCAUUCAGGAAGUCUCCACCAGCCUGCAAGGGGCAGCCGUUGCAGAUGUCCACCGUGAUGUGUCAGGGGCUGGGAGUGAACGGAGUAGCCAGAUGACUCAGCAAGAAACCCCCGGAAGGUUGGCAAGAGCAGAACAAAAGGCACAUUGCACGGAGCCGCUCGGGGCCAUCUGGGAUUCUCCGGCAGCUGCAGAUGGCCCUGAAAGUGCCCCGCAGGAGACAGGGCACCCUUCUUGACAUGCUCCUGGCGUUAUCUCUGUGAACUUACCUGCGUGUGUGUGUGAUGUCCUUUUCAGAGCUGCCCCACCUCGUCACCUGCUUCCGAUCAGGUGUUAUUCAGAGGCGGCCAUGGGGCCCCACUCUCAGGCCUCUGAAGGAGACAUCACAGCUUUCUCGGAUCGCGAGGAAAAAUAUGGAAUGCGUUCUCCCGCUGACUGAACCCAGCCCAAUGAACUGUACUGACAGUGGCUCGAAAGCCAGCAGUUAGCAGUUUGUUCAGGCCCUGCUGCCGUCCAGCACUUUCCUGAGCACGCCCGCUCAGUGUUUACGAGAACUUUCGGCCUUAGGGAGCUCCUGACCUCACACGUUGUUCAUUUAAAACACUUGCUGCCACAGACACAGUGCCCCACCCAUCAAGAUGGCUGCGGAGGGGUAUCUGUGGAUGGUCAUUUUGGGCUUCAUCAUAGCCUUCAUCUUGGCCUUCUCUGUCGGCGCCAACGACGUGGCCAACUCGUUCGGCACGGCCGUGGGGUCUGGCGUGGUGACCUUGAGACAGGCCUGCAUCUUGGCUUCAAUAUUUGAAACCACCGGCUCCGUGCUGCUGGGCGCCAAGGUAGGAGAGACCAUCCGCAAAGGUAUCAUCGAUGUGAACCUGUACAACGACACGGUGGAGACGCUGAUGGCGGGCGAGGUCAGCGCCAUGGUCGGUUCAGCAGUAUGGCAGCUCAUCGCAUCUUUCCUGAGAUUGCCCAUCUCGGGCACACACUGCAUCGUGGGCGCCACCAUAGGCUUCUCCCUGGUUGCCAUUGGCACCAAAGGCGUGCAGUGGAUGGAGCUCGUCAAAAUCGUUGCUUCUUGGUUUAUAUCUCCACUCUUGUCUGGUUUCAUGUCUGGCCUGCUGUUUGUACUCAUCAGAAUGUUCAUCCUAAAAAAGGAGGACCCCGUUCCCAAUGGCCUGCGGGCACUGCCAGUCUUCUAUGCAGCAACCAUAGCAAUAAACGUGUUCUCCAUCAUGUACACGGGAGCACCAGUGCUCGGCCUGUUCCUGCCCCUCUGGGCCAUCGUGCUUAUUUCAACUGGCGUUGCGCUGCUCUUUGCUGUCUUUGUGUGGCUCUUUGUGUGUCCAUGGAUGCGGAGGAAAAUUGCAGGCAAGUUACAAAAAGAAGGUACUGUGUCGCCAGCGUCUGAGGAAAGCCUGGGGAAGGUUCAGGAGGCCGAGUCCCCCGUGUUCAAGGAGCUCCCCGGCACCAAGGCCGGCGAUGACAGUACUGUCCCUCUGACCGGGCCAGCUGGGGAGCCUGCGGCCACCACCUCUGAGGGCCCUCCGGCCACAAACCACCCACGGGCUCCCUACGGAAGGGCACUUUCCAUGACUCAUGGCGCCACCAAAUCACCCGUGUCCAACGGCACAUUCGGCUUUGAUGGCCCCGCGCGGAGCGAUGGCCAUGUGUACCACACCGUGCACAAGGACUCGGGGCUCUACAAAGACUUACUACACAAGAUUCACAUCGACAGGGGUCCAGAGGAGAAGCCCGUCCCAGAGAACACCUACCGGCUGCUGCGCCGCAACAACAGCUACACCUGCUACACAGCCGCCAUCUGCGGGCUGCCCGUGCACACCACCUUCAAGGCGGCCGACGCAGCUGCACCCGAAGACAGUGAGAAGCUGGUGGGUGACACUGUGGCUUACUCCAAGAAACGGCUGCGCUACGACAGCUACUCCAGCUACUGCAACGCCGUGGCCGAAGCCGAGAUUGAGGCCGAAGAGGGCGGCGUGGAAAUGAAGCUGGCGUCGGAGCUCACGGAGCCUGACCAACCGCGAGAGGACCCUGCUGAGGAAGAAAAGGAGGAGAAGGACACGGCCGAGGUCCACCUGCUCUUCCACUUCCUGCAGGUCCUCACUGCCUGCUUUGGCUCCUUCGCCCAUGGUGGCAACGACGUGAGCAAUGCCAUUGGGCCCCUGGUGGCUUUGUGGUUGAUCUACGAAAAGAACGGAGUGAUGCAAGAGGCCGCUACUCCUGUCUGGCUGCUGUUUUAUGGAGGCAUUGGCAUUUGUACAGGCCUCUGGGUCUGGGGCAGAAGAGUCAUCCAGACCAUGGGGAAGGAUCUCACACCCAUCACGCCGUCCAGUGGCUUCACCAUUGAGCUGGCCUCGGCCUUCACCGUGGUCAUCGCCUCCAACAUUGGACUUCCUGUCAGCACCACACACUGCAAGGUGGGCUCAGUGGUGGCCGUGGGCUGGAUCCGCUCCCGGAAGGCCGUGGACUGGCGCCUCUUCAGGAACAUCUUCGUGGCCUGGUUUGUGACGGUGCCCGUGGCCGGGUUAUUCAGUGCUGCUAUCAUGGCUAUCCUCCUGUAUGGGGUCCUGCCCUAUGUGUGAGCGGUCUCCUUGCAGCUGGCCGAUGGCUACCAGGCCGGGCCAGUAUGGGCGUGCGUGUGGGAGUUGUGUGGCCCCAUAGCACCUGCACACAUGUACACACACACACACACACACACACACAUGCACACACGCAGGCUAUCUCCCCACCAGCUCUAUCCACACCCUUCUCAGAGGGCUGUGACCACACUACCCCACCCGGCUGCAGCUACAUCUUCCAGCGCUAACUUAACUACUGUGUACAUAACCAUAUGUAUUAGAGCGGUUUCAUGGUGAUGGGACAUGGUGCGGUUACUUCUCUAUCCACUGCACACAUUGUACGCUAGGUUAGGUAAGCGUUACUACAGAUGUCAACGUGGGAGAGGAGAUCGCGUCCAGCAGAUUUUGUACAUAAUGAUUGUAGUGGCUGAGUGUGACGCGUUUUCCCAGGGGGAGUAUAGAUUGGAAAGCAGCCUCUUCUGCUGUCCCUCCCCGAGCCCUGCCCUGGUGUUAAUCCCUGCAGCACCCCUGGACAGUGUGCCCAGCUUGGCGUGCUGUUGGGUGACCCCUGGUGUAGGAGUGCUUUCACAGAAGACAUUGUUCUGACAAUAUGUACUGGUCAUUGUAUGAUACAUCGCAGUUGCUUCUGUAAAUACUGAAAACUGUAUUUCCCCCACCUCUUUUUUAAUGGUGUGCUUCCCUUCCACUUUUCUGAUAAGAGAAUUUUGGAAAGUACCAAAGAAGCAGGGGUGGGGGGAUAGAUUGCCAAUAUUCUAUUUUUUUCAUACUGAUGGUGUCUCCCCUUGUUAUUAACCACACUGUGAGCCUGGGCUGCAGGUACACCAGCUGGAUUCCCACCUGCCCAGGGCAGCGCGUGGCAGAGGCACCAGUCGCCCCACACCAGCAGCGCCCCAACCCCGCCCUGCCCCCUCUGACCACAAAUCCCUGCCGUGGCCUUCAGUGUCAUCAGCAUAAAGUGUGCAGGCGUGCCAAGUCCAGUGCAGGUUCCCAUCCCUCCUCCCGGCUCCAGUGUUAACAGCAAGCGAGGCUUCUGGGCAGGGAAGAGGGAACCUUUGAGAAUGCACUGGAUCUGGGAUGGGGCCGAGGCCUCAACUGAGCUGAGCAGCCUGCCACUCUGCUGUAGCCCCAUUGGAGUCUUUUUUUUUUUCUUUCUUUUCUUUCUAAUAGCGGGAGGAAGUAUGACUAAUGUUAGAGCCUGAAACUAUGGAAAUGCUGCUAAAAUUUUUAUAUUGACAUUUUCUCGGUACUUCAUUGUGAUUUUUUUCAUUAAUCAAUCAUAUUAAAUUUAUAAUAAAAAAAUUGCCCCUCAAAA